AUGGACUGGCACAUGAGAAAUCCUUCAAAUAUUAACAAAAAAACAGAACUUGACGUCUUUUGGGUGGCCUUCCAUCUCUACGAAACGAAAGAACUCAACGUCGCCAAGAACUCUGCAAUCCUGAAAAAUGUACUCGACGCGAUCACAAAUGCCUCUCCUUCUCGCCUGCGUCACGUGACUUUGCAAACGGGGACGAAACACUACAUGGGUCUGAUAUUUGACCCAUCGUUGGCUGGGAAACUCGUGCGUCAUGAGCUGCCGUUUGUGGAGGACUCAUCGCGCCUUCCAUAUCCGAACUUUUACUACGCUUUGGAAGACCUUGUGGCUUCGUAUUCGCCAGCUUUAACGUUCUCUGUGCAUCGUUCUUAUUUUAUUAUUAGAGCUUCUUCAAGAAGUGUGCACAAUAUGCUGCUGUCAUCGGCAGUUUAUGCUUCCAUUUGCAAGCACCAAAAGUUGCUGUUUCACAAUCCAGGAACUCGAUACACAUUGGAGCACUUCUGUGAUAUGACUGACGCAAGUGUAUUGGCACAACAACAAACAUGGGCAGCUUUAUCUGAUAAGGCUAAGAAUCAAGCAUUCAAUUGCACCAAUGGAGAUGUUUUUACAUGGAAAAGCUUAUGGAAAGUGUUGUGUGAAUUGUUUGAGGUCAAGUUUGUGGAGUUUGAUGAUGAAAUUGCAGAAGGGUUUGAUUUGGUGGAGAUGAUGAAGGAGAAGGGAGGAGUUUGGGAUGAGAUUGUGGAGAAACAAGGGCUUUUUAACACCAAAUUGGAGGAGAUAAUUCGCUUUGAUGCUUUCAAAAUUGUGUUGAAUUUUGAUUUUCAACACAUUUGUAGCAUGAACAAGAGUAGAGAAUUUGGGUUUCAUGGCUAUGUUGAUUCACUCAAGAGUAUUAAAAUGUGGGUGGACAGAUUGAGAGGCACGAAAAUUAUACCAUGA